UGCUUUGCGUUUCAGCUUCUGAAGCGGAUAUCCUCCGUUCCAUGAGCUGUGCGCACGGAAACCUCGCCACACGUGGAUUUCAGGCAAGGAAGAGCGUGGAAACCUGCAAUUUUUUAGGUUUUGUUGAUAUAAAACCGCAUCUACGUUAUAGUUUGAGGUUUUUAAAACAUCAAAUAUUCGAGAUGUUCCUGCAGUACUACCUAGACGAGGCCGGAAACAGAGUCUACACUUUAAAGGUAACGGCAGCGUUGUGUUUACGCUCGUUAGACGGUCUAUAUUUACAUGGAUUUAUCAAUAGAGUUAUUUAUAAUGUAAGUGUAUCAAUGCUGAAGAAAAUAACUACAAACAAAGCUUACUCAUAAGUUUAGUUUUCGUUGUUUUGUAGCAUUUUGAAAGGAGAAAUAAUGAAGUACUCUUUAAUUAUCCAGUCGUGUAGUGAGAAUCGGUAAACAGAUUGGUGAACUGAUUAGAUGCUUAUUGGAGUGAAAAUGGAUGAAUAUUUUGUACUUUAUGUUGUCAACUUCAGCUGUUUUGAUCAUCUUUUUUGUAGUUUGCUUUGUAUUGCCACUCUACGGUGGCCGAAAACGGCCAUUGCUGCAAACAAAAAAAGAAAAGGCAAUUAGGGCCUGACCGGUAUGGAUUUUUUUGGGGCCAAUGCCGACAUCGAUUAUUAAGCUUCUUUCACACUGGGAGCGUUUUUGUCGUGCGAUUAUUUCGGACUAUAUAUAUUUUUUCGAACCCGUAUCCUGUCAAUACAAGCGUUUAUAUCAGCGACGUUUUCCCGUCCUGCAAUAUUGAGGUAUUAAUUUUUUGGGAUCAUGGUCGAUUUUUCUAAAGUUUUGCAUACUGUGUGUCCACUUCUGACCAAUCAGAUUUCUUGUCGUUGCGGCGUCAGAUUAACUGGUAUAUCCAACAUGGCUGACCGGCUGAUUGUUUACGUGUCUGAGAACAGAGUGAUUUUUGAUAAAAAACACAAAUAUUACAAAGAUAACGACCUGAAGGAAAACUUGUGGAGAGUCAUAGUGUCAGAUUUCUCAUAUGAGGAUAGUUUGUGUGCUUUAACAGUUUGAUAAACGUCUUUGUUUUAACUUUCAUCUGUGCUAAGUAACUUUAGCUCGUAAGCUAACCUGUUCAGAUACAACAUACCAUAUGUAUUUUCACCGUCUCAAACUCAAUCGUGUCAAAAUUCGCCUCCGAAUAUUUCGUAAUUUGGUGUUCUAUAUUCGUGUCGGCCUGGUGUAAGGACCUUUUGGGAGGGAAAAAAUCUGAUUACCGAUUAAUUUAAAAUUUUGUUAAUUUUAAAGAAAUAUAUAUUUACUUCAUUUUUUUUUAAACAAAUGGCUGCUUUUGAGCCUUUCAAACACUCUUUCAAAGAAUCAGAGGCAGUGAACUCAUUUCAAAUCCUUUUCACUGCUAAAACAACCCCUGGCUAUUUAUUUUUGGUCAUAAACUGCUACAGCAGAUAGAUUAAAAUUAUUGCUCUUGAGGUUUUAUGUCACUCUAAUAUUUAAUCACACUUUCUUAUUUUUUUUGCACCAACAGAAGGCUUGUCCUGAUGGACAGCCCACCAGCUCUGCCCACCCGGCUCGCUUCUCUCCGGAUGACAAGUUCUCACGACACCGCGUGCUGGUGAAGAAACGAUUCGGCCUUCUGCUCACCCAGCAGCCCAGACCUGUGCUGUGAGAGUGAUGGAGGAACAGGGAGAGGAGAGAGAUGGAGAGAAACGGUGGAGAUAAGACUGUGCAGGAAGAUUUACAUUCUGGAUCCAAGACUCGGGACUUCUCCAGUAUCAUCAAGUCCUGGAUCGCAUCAAGGGGACUAGUUGUGACUAGUCAAUUUAUGUUUUAUCAACAGUUAUAUACUCAUGUUCACUUAAAGUUAUUGUUUAAUUUCUUGUCAUGCUGAAUAAAACUAUGGUUUUCAGUUAA